CAUGGCCAGUUCCUCCUGCCUGGACGAAUCGCAGCUGAGAAACCUGAAGGCCCAGUAUGAGGCCCAGAACGCCAGCGCCGCCGCCUCCCAAAUCCAGGCGCUGGUGGAUUGCAUUAACGCCCUCAAGAUAAAAGUUGGCAUCCUGGGGGCGCGCGGAGCAGGGGUGAGCACGCUGAUUCAGGCUCUGUUGGACAAACCUCGCCGGGUGAGUGACCCGUGGGCCUACUUCCAGGAGACUCCGGAGCCCACCAAACAGCUAGUGAUGCACGUUCACCCGACCUACCCCAACCUCACCCUUUGUGACCUCCCCGGCUUCGAGGUAUCCGAGAAACCGGCCGCAUAUCUCAAGCGCUUGGGCGACCUGAGCAAGUACAGCUGCUUCGUGGUGGUGGUGGCCGGAAACUUGGCAGAUACCCACCUGCAGAUCCUCAAGGCCCUCAAGCAGAAGGGGAAGAUGUUCCUCCUGGCCCGCACCAAAGUGGAUUUGGAUCUGCACACGGCCGAGAGGCGGCUCCGCUUCAAAUUCAACCCCUGCCAGCAACUGAGGGUGAUCCGGAAGGAGCUGAGGGAGACGUUGGCCAAGAACGGGAUGGACACCAAGAGGGUGUUCCUGGUGUCGGGGCUAGAGACGGAGAAAUACGAGUUCACCUGCUUUGAGGAUAGCUUGGAAGGGGAGGUGCUCAGCUUGAAGAGAAGCUAUGACGGGGACCUGGAAGACUUGAAAGUAGUGAGCCAGAAGAAGACCAAGGAGCUGUAUAACAUCUGCCAGAGUGGCAGCUUGGCUGAAGUCCCAGGCGUGAUCUGCUCUGCCUUGGGAGAGCCCUCGCAGAUCCGUCUGGAUGUUGCCGUAAUAGGAGAAGUCGGCUGCGGGAAGUCCUCGCUGGUCAAUGCUCUGAGAGGAGUGGCCGCUGGAGAGCCGGGUGCUGCCCCCACCGGGGUGACCGGGACAACGACGAAAGCCACAGCCUACCCGCUUCCAUUGGUCCCCUACCUGUACCUCUGGGAUCUGCCAGGAGUUGGAGUGAUGGAGGAGGAUGUGAGCCACCUGGACCUCAGCCACUACGACUUCUUUCUCCUGGUGGCCUCUGAGCGCUAUAAGCAUGCCCACAGCUGCUUGGCCAGGGCCAUCGCCGCAGCCGGGAAGGACGCUUUCUUCAUAAGAAGCAAGAUAGACGUGGACAUGGAGACCCGACCCGGGAGCCAGCCCAUCCCUAAAGAAGAGCUGCAGGAAAAGGUGCGGAAGAACUGCAUAGAGGCCCUGAAGAAGGAUGGCAUCCUCUCCCCGCAGGUCUUCCUGGUCUCCAGCCUCAUGCACGAAGCCUACGAUCUGCCCCUCCUCCAGGAAGCCCUCAGCCAUAAUGCUCCUGACCUGAAGAGGAGAGCUCUGAAGAGAACCAUCCCGACCGUCCUGUCCCGACUGGUAAGGCGGAAGUCCAAAGUGCUGAUGAAGGACGUGUGGAUGAAGGCCCUGCAGAACUGCCUGUACUGCGUGGAAAAGCCAAACCCAGAUGUGGCCGAGAACCUCAUGACCACCAUCACCAGCUUCUGCAUAGACCUCGGCCUGGACGAAGAGUCCUUGGAGCGCACUGCGCGGGUCACCGGCAAAGCGCACCAGCUGCUUCAGGCACAGAUCCGAAGUUCCUUUGCUAAGCCACUGGACUCCAAAUACAUGCUGAGUCUUAUCACCAAGCCGGCCUCUCUGUCCAGCUGGGCGUGGAGCUAUGUGCCGUACUUGGGCCGGGGGACCAACCUGGAACGUGAGAUCUCCUUCGAGUCCACUUAUGGGGUGUUGAAGCAAGUCGUGGUGGAAUUGUCAGAGGAUGCAGAGCGGGUGCUUUGCAUGGCACUUGUAGAAGAAUAG